CUCUCUUCUUAGUUACCGCUAUUGAUCCGUCCCCCUAGCCAUUUCGGAUCUGCACACCCCAUCACUCUUGGCUCACAGGACGUCUUCAUUUUUAUUAAUUCUUUCCAGCCACGGCUUAACACGAGGCUACAUCUUUGUUGGGAAUAUUAUUUUGGAGUUCAGAUAUUGACGCGCCAUUGGUUGUGUACUAGUAUUGUCAAGAAAGUAAGGGAUUUAGAAGCGAUAUUGACUCGGCUCUAUUUUAUGUCAUUUCUCAAAUAUAAUUUAAAUAAAGAGGGUUUAAAAAGUAAAUUUAAAAGUAAUUUAAAGACUUGCAGUAGCUGUAUUACUAUAAUCUAAUGUAGGCCUACAUUAGAAGAACACAUACUAGAUUGGGAGCCAAACAAUUUUGCUCAUGUUAGUCUUACAGAACAAAUAUGUUUAUGUUACUAAACAGUGUUCGACAUUUCUGUUUUGAGGAAAAAUUUUCAUUUAAAAGAUUUUAAGGAUUUAACUUUGUAGGUGGUGUUUGUUUAUUUCGUUCAAUGGAUUCAAGAUUAUUCCAGGACAGUCUGGGAAGUCUCCCGCCUGGCUACCACGAAAAUAAUAAACAAGAGAUGUACUCUCAUUCACUGGCAUCUUCCAAAGAUUCCAGACACUCCGACUUCAGUGAUCAAGACAGCAGCGACGAGGAACCAAUCAAAAGGAGGCUAGUCGACGGUCAUAGCGGCAGGGAUUUAUCUGGACAAACUGGAAGUUUCCAGGACCAAGAUUGUUCGUCUGACAGGGACGUCUUACAGACAAAUUACCACGGUGGAGAUGAUGGAAAGUCUAGAUCAAAAAAGUCCAACAACGGCCAGAAACAUGUACGUCUGAACAUCAACUCUCGCGAGAGAAGACGUAUGCAUGAUCUCAACGACGCUCUGGACGAGCUGCGAUCGGUUAUCCCUUACGCUCACAGUCCUUCUGUGAGAAAACUCAGCAAGAUAGCCACUCUGCUGCUUGCCAAGAACUACAUUUUGAUGCAAGCCCAUGCUCUAGAAGAAAUGCGACGCAUUAUCGCAUAUUUAAAUCAUCAUUCAUCACUGGGCUCCAUCGAAGCGUUAUCAUUUCAGCACAUGCCCCAAUCUAGCCCAGUCUCUAGCCGUAGCAGUAGUCGCUCAUCUGACAGAGAGCACCACUAGGGAUUUGCUGGAUUCUCAAAGAGUUGGCUUUAAUACUAGAUCUAGAGACCAUCUGAUUUAUUUGAAAAUCUUCAUUCACUUUGGAAAAAUACUUGUCUACGAACUUCGGAGAAUGCAUGCAUGUAUAUCAUUUAAUUAUUUAUGUAAGCGUACUAUUCAUUUGUAGAAUAAUUGAUCCAGUUUAUACAACAGCUAUUUCUCUUUAGUUCGCUGAAACUGUAUAGAUCUAGUUGUGGUGAGAUAUUUUACAGUAAACAAUGCCGUUUGUUUUUAAAUAUGCACGAGAAAGCAUUCAAAUGUUCAUGUUAAUGAUCAAUUAUAUAAAGGACAACAACAAUAAAUAGAUCUCAUCAUUGAUCUAUUACUACUGCAAUACAUAGAAUCAUAUAAUCUUCAUUAACUCUUUCUCUCCGUAAUUAUUUACCACAUUCUGGUGGAAUCAACGUAGGUAUCGUCAGUUAGGAGAGAAAGAGUUAAUGAAAUCUCUUACCACAGCAAUACAUAGAUCUCUUCAGUAAUCUCUUACCACAGCAAUACAUAAAUCUCUUCAGUAAUAUUAUCACAGCAAUACAUAGAUCUCUUCAGUAAUCUCUUACCACAGCAAUACAUAAAUCUCUUCAGUAAUCUCUUACCACAGCAAUACACAGAUCUCUUCAGUAAUCUCUUACCACAGCAAUACAUAAAUCUCUUCAGUAAUCUCUUACCACAGCAAUACAUAAAUCUCUUCAGUAAUCUCUUACCACAGCAAUACAUAAAUCUCUUCAGUAAUCUCUUACCACAGCAAUACAUAGAUCUCUUCAGUAAUCUCUUACCACAGCAAUACAUAAAUCUCUUCAUUUGAAUACAAUUAGACUAUUUUAAUAUGUCACAUAAGUUAUACUUGGUCGAGUUGCCUGUUCAUCUACUUUCAGAAAGAAAAGAGGCUCUUUAAUUAAGAUGAAACUAUACACUACUGGCAAGCAUAUUAAUUCUUCUAUCGAACAUGAUAUUACUCAACUGGUUAGAGCAUGGUUAAUAGACAUUUUCAUAACAAAGGUUAUUUAAAUUAAAAUUGAAUUUUUAUUUGAUUCUAAAGUACAAAAAAAAUGCAAAGAAAUAAUAUUAAAACAUCCAUUUUCUUUGUAUUUGUCGUGUCUCAAUGUGUGCGAUGCAUAAGAAUCAUUUUGUUUUAUUGUUAUGUCUUUGAAUCUGUGUGUUGCAUAAUUGCACUUUUUUUUGUUGUUGAUAAAUAUAGAACUACACGAAACAGCACAUUUAAGGGUUAUAAAAAAAAUUGAGAAAAAAAGUAUUUGAUCAAAGCUUUUAGAAAAAAAAUUGACGGGCAGAGGCUAGUAGGCCCUACAGUCUCUGCAUGCCUCCCCCUCUCUCUUUCUCUCUCUCUCACAAACACACGUACGCACGCACACAUAGUGACAUACACACACAAACUCUGGGCAGAGGUUAUAAAAAAAAAUGUAGGCCUACUUUAAAUUUUAAAAGAAUUAUGGGUAAUGCUGCUCACAAUGAUCACUAGGCAGGUUUGGUAACCAACAGUGUCAAGUUUGAUGUCAUUUAUAUAGGCGUCCUUUGACAUCGUCUUUUUUGUUGAUUUCAGAAUAUGUUCAUUUUCUUACUUUUUUUUUAUGGGCCAUUAUAUCACUCCUACAUUUCUGUAUAUCUCUUUUUAAAAUCUCUUUUUGUACCAGUAUUUUAUUGUUUAAAAAAUGUAUAACGGAUCUUAGAAAUCAAAACGUGAUUACCAUAAGUAUGAAAAUCCCUUUUACAGAAGAUAGGCCUACAUUCUAGGCUUGAUUGCCUGCGAUCUCAACCAAUCCAGGACCUGUGAACAUAAUGCUUGUCGCCUGCCUGAAUACGGCCAGCGUGAAACUGAUAAGAUUUUUUCAUGUAGACAUCGAGAUUUAAUUUCACUACUGCAUUAGGCAAGUUAGCUUACACUAUUAACUAACAGGAAUUGGCGCAUACAUUUUGUUUUACCAUCUGUGAAUGUAUGCUUAUAAUGAGUUUUUGUUCAAACAAGAAAAUACACUUUCUUUUAGGUAAACUCAAAGUAGUUUAUGCACAUAAAAACACGUGUAUAACUUUUAUUUAAAAUUAUUUUAUUAUUUAACUAAUAACAUUUUUUUAUUCAAAUUUAAAUUUAAAAAAAAAUCCUUCCUCACAGUUACAGUGCAUACUUCUAAUUACACUGCCCGGUAGGCCUACAAUUAUCUGCCUGCCCUAUUUACUAUAUGUAGGCCUAUACGUUUUUCAAGUCUUUUCAUUUAAAAUGGUGUGAAUGUAUUUUAAUGUAAAUUUAAAAAAAACAAACAAGAAAAUACAAAAAAUACUUUCAACAAAUAAAAAACAAAGCUUAUAUUAACCGUAAUUGUAUCAAUUAGUUUGGAUCAGACUAACAAGAAUAAAUUUAUGCGAUUAGAAAUAUUUUAACAAUUGUUUUGUUUAGCGCAAUUUCAUGCUUUUAGCUUUGCAACACGCUAUUAUCCUAUCAAUUGUCUGGACCAGUUGGGAAAAAAGG